ACCAGAAAUGCGACGGGACCAGCGUAACUUACGCAACUUACGCGUCCAGAACCCAAGGGACGCCCCGGUUCCGUCAGGAAAAGGCAGAAAACCCCCACCGCACGAGCACCGCCGGCCAGCCUUCGGGCUUCGCUCAGCUGCAGCACUUCUUGAUCUCAUCCAUUCUUCUGUCGACUCUCGUCUCUUCUCCCACCUCGCUUCCGUCUGCCUGCCCACCCUUCCUCGUCUCUGCCUCCGGGCCUCUUCCCGCUUCGUCCCUGGAUUUCUUCCCUCCACUGACUAACCUCCCCAUUGUUGGCGCCCUCCCGAUGCUUGGCUAGCCUGCGACCAAGCCAGACCAGCCCUCCUCCGUCCUCUUCAGCCCUCCCGGUCAUUCCCUAUUAUUUGCGCCUUUAUCCGGUCUGCCCUGGAUUUUUUUUUUUUUUUUUUUUUUUCCCUU